AUGUAUUUCUUCCUCUGCAAUCUGUCCUUUAUUGACCUGUGUUCUACCACCACCACUGUGCCUCUGGCCCUUGUCAAAUGCCUGAGAGACUGCCCCACUAUCACCUACAAUGACUGCUACGCCCAAAUGACCAUCUCCCUCUUCUUGGGCAUGACUGAGUGCUGCCUAUUGGCCGUUAUGGCUUAUGACCGAUUCGUCGCUAUAUCAAACCCCUUGCGUUACACGCUGAUCAUGACAAUGAGGGCUUGUUUCCAGAUUGCCACUAUCAUGUGGAUAGGUAACUUCCUGCUGGCCCUAAUUCCUAUGGUCACCAUACCGGCUCAGUUUUGUGCAGGGCACAAUGUAGUGAACCAUUUCGUAUGCGAGGUCGUAGCCGUCUUAAAGCUGGUCUGCUCGGACACCAGUGUCGGUGAGACACUGCUGUUGAUAAACUCGAUCGUCAUCGUGCCCCUCCCCUUUCUGUUCAUCCUCCUCUCUUAUAUCCGGAUCGCGGUGGCCGUCUUGAAAAUCCCCUCCACAGCUGGGCGGAAGAAAGCUUUCUCCACCUGUGGAUCGCACCUGACCGUGGUGACCAUAUACUACGGGACCAUUAUCUCCAUUUAUGUCAUACCUCAGAACAAAGACAGUAAGGACCGGGACAAAAUCAUCUCUGUAUUUUAUGGAACAGUGAUCCCCAUGGUGAACCCUCUUAUUUAUACAUUGAGAAACAAGGAUGUGAUAGGAGCCUUGAGAAAGGCAGCAGGGAAAACCAAGAAACAUGGAGUGGCAGAAACAGGAAGCCUAGCAGAAGCAGAGACACCUAGUGAGUUGGAGAGAGUGCCCUACAACUGGACAGAAAGGAACAAGGAUAUGGACAUUGACGGCUUCAGCAUCGGUACUCAGCAGCCGCUUCACUUCCUUUUCGAUGUCUGGAGACUCAAUCUGCCCAUGGAAGAGGCAGUCGAUCAGAGCUUCUUCUUCGAGGCCUCAGCCAUCUCUCUCACUGAUGCUUUCUCCUCCUCCACAGCCAACGCCCCAUCCCAAGGUGACCCUGGGCCCCAUAUUCCAAAUGAAAAAUUGUCUCCAGAGGCUCAGGCCAUUAUCAAAAAGUUAUUUUCUAACUAUAGCUCACGUAAUUGUCCACCCUCCCUUGCAUCUAGUAACCAAGUAGUGGAUUUGGAUUUCAGUGAUAUGCAGGUUUUUCUCUCAAGGACUACAUUUCCAGAAGCAGUUACUUUGGAACCAGUAGAAUUCACUAAAUAUCACAAGAUAAAUGGGAUCUUAUAUUGUGAAACAACAAUGCUGGCUGAGGUAGGAGAAAAUGAAUAA